GUCCCCGGCGCCUGGAUCCCACCCGAAGAAGCUCGGUCGUCGCACUGCGCCGACGGCAAAGCUGUGGUGAAGGAGGACACGCCCGUGGACGAGGUUGCGCUCGCCGAGGAGGAGGAGACCAUCGCCGCGGCCGUCGCGCGGCUCAUGGAGGCCCAGGGCAGUCUGUCAGAUGCGCCCAACUGGGAGAUCCGUGCCAUGAACGACGACUUUAUCCUCCGUGAGAUGCAUGCAGCCCGACGUGAGAGAACAGCCUCGACCGCCGACGAACGCACGGACUUUGCGAGUGGGGUAGAUAGGCACUUUGCUCACGACCUGCACGCAGCUGUCAUGCAUGACUGCCCCGAGACGGCAAGCAACUGGCUGUCGACUGCCGCAAGCAUGGCCGACCUCGAUGUGCAACACAUCCUCCAAGAGGCGGCCGACAAGGCAGAUGCAGCCGACGAGGUUCGCGGUCGUCCACGGAUCCUGGCCGCGCCCGCGAGCCUGCUGGAUGCGGCCGACGUGGAUGUGCAGCCUGCGGCCCGAGGACCACGCAAGCGCAAGGCGGUCGCUCCGCGCAAGCCCUGGCCGAGCGAGCUCUGCCCUGGGCGCGCCGGUCGCGCUUGCCUUUUUUCCCUGCGACCGGAUGCUUUUGGCCAGCCCGCUUCUCUGCAGAAAGGAGAUAAGACUUGUAUGUGGUGCGAUCCUGAGCGUCUGAACCAGACGCUGCAAGUGCCCCAGCGUCGCAAGCAUGUCACCCGCGCCUUGCGCAUAUGGACUGACGCAGAUGCGGCGGCCGUCCUCGCGCGGGCUUGGGAAGUUAUGCCUGUGGAACACCACGCUCGUCUGCACGCCGCCCUGCAGCGGCCGUCCCGCGCCCAAGGCGCCAUCGCUGCACGCAAGGCGGCCGCAGCCGCGACUCAGUCUUGGGAGGGCCUCCUCGACCGCCGGGUGAACCUGGGCUUGCCGGUCGCAGAGAAUGCGGAGGCGGUGUACCGCGCCAAAACGGCAGACGACGGCCGGCGCAUCCGCUCCAAGUUUGGAGCACUCAUGCAGGCCAGGGAGGCAGGCGAGGCCGACUGGCGAUCGCCUACGGCCGAGCGCUUCGAGCGGUGGAGCGGUGGCCCACGCAAGAACACGCUGCGAAGGUGCCCUCAUUGUCGUGCUGGCAUCGGUUACCCGACCGUCUCCGUGGACAUGAUUCCGGCGGAGCUCCAGAACCUCUCUCUCGACGUGUUGUGGGCCCUGCGUCCUCUGGAGCCCGAUGUGGGGCUCCCGGUCUUCGCCAAGCACGGAUAUCGGGUCCACACCGACAUGAUCCGCUUCCGGCGGCGGCCGCAGACUGUGACGGCGCAAAUUCAGGCGCUAGCUGAUGUGCGGGAGCGUGCCGCGGCGGCGGCGGCCCACCGGCACCUCAUGGCCUCGACCGACAGCUCCUACGCCGUUUUCGUCCAGAUGCACGAACGUUUCUUGCGUCGCAACCGUGCAAGCCUCACUGGCGAGGCCGACGACCCGCUGCUGCGGCUGCCCCGCCGGGCGCUGGAGGAGGAAGGCUUGGAAUGUGCCGUGUGGCCCCAUCUCUAUCCCAGGACCGCCAUGUGUGAGACUUACAUUCGCAAGGCGGACAGUCGACGCCGGGAACGCCAGGGUCGCCGGGCCGCGCAGCCGGCGGCCGGGGUCUCGUCUGCUUCCGAAGACGAGCAAUUCAUGGACGCGGAUGACGACCCGGAGGGCGCCGCGAUCGCGGAGCCGGCACCGUCCGAGGAUGAAGCGGAGGCCGCCGCGCCGUUGGACUUCGCAAGGCCCGGCCGCAAUUCCGCCAAGGCCGCCUAUCUGGCCAAGGUUCUGGGCCCCGUUCUGGGCUAUGGUGCCGACUAUGAGCUCUUCCAGUUUGUCUACGACUUGUGGCUGUGGAGCGUGCUCGGUGCCAAGAAGAACACGGUCGAUGCGCCGCUGCGUUUGGCCAUGGCGGGCUACUCUUUUUCUCCGGAAUACUGGCAGACGCGCCAUGCCGCCUUGAUCGAUGUCGUCAAGCAACUCGGACUGCCUAGCCUCUUCAUCACAAUCGCCCCCUACGAAUGGAGUUUUCCCUUCCACUCGUGGGUCGAGGACGAGAUGAAGAAGCUGCUGUGCUGCAAGCUGCGUCUUCCUGUGGCCGAGACGCUCCACAUCGCUCACGUGCUGGCCCAGGCGGCGCAGGGGCCUGCUGACGGCUCGGGCCGCAAGACCGUCCUCAACUUCUUCGGCCGCCUGGAGUAUCAGGACGGCAAGCGGCGCCGCUACGUGAACGGCCAGGAGGCGGCUUCGCAGUUCUACCAUGGUCGCGGCACCGUCCACCUGCACUUGUUGGUCUGGCUGCAGCACCUCGAAGCUGUUAAGUUGGAGGAGAGCCUCGCCGCCACAGUGCCGGUUGACAAUCCCGUCAUGAGCUCCCUCGUGGAAGGCUCGCAGCGCUCUUGGACAGGAAGUGGCUGGCCGCUGGAACCCGGGGCGUCACGCUACAACCCCUCGGCAGGCGUGCUGCGGCUGCAUCACACGGAGUCCGACUUCUGCCGCUACAAUGCUGACGGCGUUCCUGAGCGCGUCCGCGGCUAUGUCAAGGACGUCCUGUCCAGUCUGUGCUGCCACGUGGAUGUGCAAAUGGCCGACGGGCGUGGCAUGCUGUUGCGGUACGUCUCCAGCUACGUGCCGAAGUUUUCGGACAGCUUCACGACCGAGUGGCUGGCGGACGCCUGCAGCGACUACGCCGUCGCCCGGCGAGUCUUGACGGAUUACCACCCGCUCGAACCGGAGAUGGCCCUGCAGCUGGCCAUGCAGUGGUUCCCGCAGUGUUUUGCUGGGAGCACCUUGCAGCGCUUCCGUGUGCCUGUGCCGUGGGAGGGCGACUUACCGGAGCGCGUGCAGCGGUACAUGGUCAGCACCUGGCGCGCUGUGGACAUGUCCGUGGUCGACUAUUUGCGGAGGACGAACAAGUCGGGCGAGAUUCACCAGGCUUUCCGCAAAAGGUACCAGCAGAUGGUCGCCGAAGAGCUCGCCGGCGAAGCGCCCCUGGAAUCCCUGGAGACGUGGGCGAAUGGUGCCUCUCUGCGUGGAGACGUGGCCCUGCUCGAGCUGGUGCCGCACCACCUCUACUACCAGACGCUGGCGUUGCUGCUGCGACCCGACCACUGGACGAGUGAGGAAGCCAUCCGGGCGGAGUUGGAGCUGGAGGCCUUCCGUGAGCACCACGUGCGCAACAUUCUGGCUAUGCUCUUUGCCAACCAAGGCCUUAUCCGCUGCUACCUCUCCGGCGAGCUCGACAAGAACGAGGACGUGCCCGACGACGGCGAGGGCAGGCAGGCUGAGGGCCUGCGCCGAAGGCAGCAGCGGGAAACCGCGUGGAAGGGCGAAGCGGCGCAGUCCGACGACCCGGCCGACAUGGCCGAGGCGGCUUCCCCCUUCCUUGUCGCGGCGGAUGCCCGGUCGACCUUUGCCAUCCUCGGAGGCAAGACGACGGCGGUGCACGCCGCCAUUCGUCGCGUGGCCCAGGCUGGCGGUCGCAUCCUUCUGACCGCUCCCACCGGUCGACUGGCUGCCAGCCUGCGCGAGAAGUUCGCGGAGCUGGAGGUCGACACGGUGCACGGCGCCUUCCUCGUCCACAAGCCGGUGCAGGAGGCCUUGGAAGUUCUGUGGCCCUACGACUUGAUCAUUGUCGAGGAGGUCGGCCAGCUGUCCAAGGCCAUCUUCGAGCGCAUCAUGGAGCAAUGGGAGGCCGCUGAGCGCGUUCCGACCGUGGUCUUCGUCGGGGACUUCUACCAGCUGCCUGGGGUCGACCCCACCAGCCCACUGGAUUCCUCCCUGUGGCACAGCGUCCUCGUGAAAAAGCGUGAGCUACACGCCAUGCUGCGCUGCAAGUGCCCCAAGCUGCGGAAGACGCUGGAACUUCUGCGGGUUGGCAAGCCAACGCGGCAGCAGCUGCGGCAGAUAAUGGCUGGCCACAAGGCGCCCUCACGUCGGACGGCGGGCUACGUCAUGAACGCGGAACCGAGCCAGGACGACGUCGCCCACGUCCUGGCCGAGACGCCACACACCCUCUUUCUGACAGUCAGUCGGCGAGCCUGUGCCCAGCUGAACGAGGCUGCCGUGACCGCCCUCUUCUCGGAGGACGUCCCUUUGGCGGUGGUGCCCGGCGACCCAGAGAGCAACGUCGCUAACUACGCAAGCGGCAAGAUGCCCAGAGCUUCCAAAGAUGUUUAA